AUGCGACAAGGGUUAUCGUCUCUAAACCUGUCAAAAUGUUUGGAAAUGGCUUCCAAAACCGCUUCUGGGGUUUCCGACUCCACUAUAUCGUCCAGCGACGGCACCGGUUUGCCGUACCGCAACGACCACCCAGUUGGCCGCACUCCAAUGGCCGCCUUGAAGUGUUUCGAGUACGUCUUGAGGUACUCCAUUAAGAAGUCCUUGUUGAGUUUCGGAAGUGCUACCAAAUGCACCUGGCAAUUUUCAGGGUGUUCGGUUUCCAACAGUUCGUCCAAGUCUGGCCACCCAAACUGGUUCAGUACGUCCUUCUUCUCCUUUUGGCAGUAG